AUGACUGAUCUAGUGAACACGGUUGAGGACGAGAAUGUGGUUGACGAAAGUGUGACUGAAAGUGAAGGAUGCACGUUUACGGAGCCGUCGCUGACUGAGGAUGGGGAGAAGAGAAGAGGAGAGGAGAAAGUGGGCGUGAAGAAAGACGAGACCAAUGGCGAUUGUCGGGAGAAAAAGCAAACAGAAGAAGAGAACGAAGAAGAUGAAGAAAGGCGGAAAGGACACGAAAUGAUGAGGAAAGAGUUUUCGUUCAGCGCCAUUAAAACGGACGGUCAAGUAGAAGAGGAGGCAAAGCCAGAGCAAAGGGAGAUGGAGGCGAAAGAGAAGGAGGAAUGGCCAAGGGACGGGGAGGCGGGUACGAUCGUGAGCAACGAUGAUGAUUCUAUUGAAAAUGCAACCGUCCCGGAAACGAGCUAUACACCCGCUGUCGAGACGCCAUCGCAGAAGAAGAUGGGUGCAGAAAAGGAGGAUAAAGAAAGGAGGGAAGGGCAGAAAGAGUAUGAGAAAGAGGAUGGGAACGAGGGUGAUAACAUGUUUGCGUCGAAGGUUUCGGAGAGGGAGGGUCUGGGCAGCCCGAAGGAGACGAGAAAAGGAGAAGAGCAUGUUGCUGAGAGACAAAGUGCACAGGAAGGGGAUGAGCAGAAGAAAAGAACAAAUGUAAACGAGUCCUACAUAGAUGAAGACGACUCAAUUUGCGCAUUGGUGGAGGCUUUGGAAGCCCUUCGAGAGGAUGAUGUGUUAGGUGGGGUUGACGAGGGUAAGGAAGAGAGUGGUAGUAAGGAUUUCGGCAAGAAUGCACCUGCUUUGGACGAGGGGAUCGGGCCUUCCGAGGAGAUUCCUAAUAUAGAAGACAUUCUUUCAGACCUGGUGGAGCCGACAGUAGAAAUUGAUGAGAUGCAGGGAUGCCUGGAGAAGCAGAAAGGAGGGACUGAAGACGGCGAAAAGGACAUGGCGGAAGAAGGAAGAGGAAAAAAGAAGAAGAGAGGGCGGAGGAGAAGGAAGGACGAGGGGCAGAAUCAAGAGACGACUAAUGCGGACAACGAUGAUGAGGGGGAGGAAGAGGCAGACGAACAAAAACCAGUCUUUGGGAAUCAAACAUCACAGCAGACGGUAUAG